UUCUAGCGGAACAUACGUUUUUGGUGUCGUAGUGGUGCACAGUAUUUUUAACGACCCGUGGACAUUUUUCGAAUCCGAGAACUUAUGUUCUAUGUUCGAAAUAAAACACUAAUUACCAUUUUUAUCAAGUUGAAUGUAACGUCCGGAACGACCAACAUCGUUUAUGCUUUUACAGUUGAAUCGUAUUAGCCGUGUGUUAGGUUGCACACGACUUCAACAGCUUGGCUUUAUAUAAAGCUAUAUGCAUUUCAGGACUACGUACCAUAGUCUUUUGUUCUACAAGCGAAUAUUUUGUCAUUUCCUCCAGAUGCCUAUUUACGCUGUAAUUUUCCGAGCGUCGAAAUCGGGCUCAAUAGCCGAUAAUUGGGACGUUGCUCGUGGGAUGAGAGACGCUAGUCCCAAUUCGUUCGCCAAGAAAUUUGCUACGGUAACAGAAGCAAAAAAUUAUAUCAAAGGUUUCAAUUUUAAGAUUGUACAAAAUGCAAAAUCCAUGAAUGUUGUUAGUGGAGAUAAAGGUGUAAAAAGAAAAAAAAUCAAAGAAGAUCAAAACAAUUCAGUAAUUAGUUCAGUGAAAGAAUUUUCCGAAAAAGUUAAUAAGGCAUUCAAUGAUUUACAAGUAUCAUUGACAUGUUUUCCAGGAUUAUCAGGUUUUUGUAUAAAGCAAUUGAAGGAUUUAAAUUAUGAAGUUAUUGGUAAACUUAAUGAAAUAUUGAAAGUAAAUGAAACGGAAUCCAAUAAAGAUGUACCUUUAUCUAACACCACAAAUGACCACAUUGUAAAUGGAACCCUUCCAACUUGUGAAUCUAUAUUGUUAUCUGAUAAAGUUGUUGAUUUCCACUUUAAUGAAAAAAAGGAAGUAAUUAUAUAUACAGAUGGUGCUUGUUCAAAUAAUGGUUAUAAAGGAGCAUCUUCUGGGGCAGGAAUAUGGUUUGGAGAUUCUCAUCCUUUGAAUUCAUCUUUUAAAGUUCCUGGAGUACAAACUAAUAAUAAUGCAGAAAUUUAUUCAGUCAUUAAAGCAAUUGAAACUGUGAAAGAAAUUGCUGGUCUAACUAAAGUGAAUAUUCAUACUGAUUCUGAAUUUGUCAUCAAAUGUAUGAAUGAAUGGGUGCCACGUUGGCGGACCAAUGGAUGGAAAACGAGUGCAGGGUCUGAAGUUAAAAACAAAGAAAUGUUAAUGAUGUUAGACCAUUUAAUUAAGUCGAUGGAUUCAGUUAGUUGGACCCAUGUUACUGGUCAUAGUGGCUGUCAUGGUAAUGAAGAAGCUGAUAAGUUAGCUAGACUAGGAGCUAAGCAUGGUUAUUGAUUUGUAAUCUAGUUUUAGUGAUCAUAUCAUUUUUUUUUUUUUAUUGUACAUUUAUGGAAUAUCAGAUUUUUAAGCUAAUUAAUGAACAUAAUUCUUUUUUAUAAUUAUGUAAAUAUAACUUUUAACAUACAAACUAUAA